GCUAGCAUUCUAACCUGUACCCAUCCAAUUUAAUUAUUUCUUUUAACAUUUCCAGACUAACCAUUGGGUACUAAUUGUUGUGUUUUCUAGUGCUUUAUAUUGCAUGCAUACUUUAUGUAAACUGUAGCGACAGUUCCCGAGACAAUUUCCAGGUUUCAUUGUCUUUAAAAUACAUUAUUUUGUAAAUCUCUUCUCUCAGCCUGUUGAAGGGGAGGGAUGGAGAUGGUUUUCCUCAGUACCAGGAGAAGUUCAUUAGAGACUGCAUCAGGAAGUUUCCCUACUGUGAAGCCGCACUGCUACAGCAGCAGGUCAUGAGCAUCGCACCAGUGGAGAUUGGUAAUGACCGGACAGCGUUCUCAGUGUUAACCCAGGCUCUCACGGGUAAGAUGACCUUCAUAGAUGCUGAUUUCUGCACUACGUGUGGAGAGAGAGGGGCAGAGAAGAGAUCUUCCCUCUGCAACAUGGUGACUUACUGUGGCCUGAUUUGUCAGCGACUCCACUGGCCCACCCAUAAGAUCUGUAGAGGACUGCAGGAGAAGGAUACCCUGAGACUGAGGGAGCACUGUGACGAGGAGAGUGACAUGGUAAAGGAGACAGCCAGCUUCCUGGCAGAGCUGUGUUUUUAAGGCAGAGGAGCAUGGCGUCGUUAGGGUGUCCCAGUCCCUCAGCGCCAGACCAGCUAAACUGCCCCUCCACAUCCUCAGAGGGACCACCAUCCUGCCACCAGGAAUGAGAAGGACUGCUGGUGUUCUUUUCUACUGGGUAGUUAAUUUAUUAAUGUUACUGAUUGGCCAGAGUUCAGUGAUAUUAAUAAUGAAGUUAUAUUGAACUGAAUUGAUUCCAUUCACUUGGUGUAUGAGGUCUGAAUCAAUCCCUGAUUUAAAUCAAAUCAAAUUUUAUUUGUCACA